AUGGAAAGUGACCUAGUGGUCCCAAAGGGUAGCCUGGAAGACGCCAGAGUAGAGAGAGCAAGGGCCUUGUCACCCCCACUCCAGACCUCACCUCAGGUAAUUGCCACAGCCCACUCAGCUGCCAGGCAGGGCAGGUCUGCCCAGAGCAAGACAGGGACUCUGGGCCGCUCAGGAUCCAGGCUUCUUCACCUGGGGUGGGAGAGGGCCAACCAGGAAGAGCACCUUGUUCCUCUCUCGCAGCUGACACCGUACAUCUCUUGUUAUAUUUGCAAAGGUUACUUAAUAGAUGCAGCAACUAUUACAGAAUGUCUUCACUCCUUCUGUAAAAGCUGCAUCAUAAAACAUUUUGAACAUAGCAACAAAUGUCCAAAGUGCAACAUUGUGGUGCACGAGGCCAAACCUCAUAAUAACCUGAGGUUGGAUCCACAUUUACAAAGCAUAGUGUACAAAUUAGUGGCAGGCCUAGAGGAAAAAGAAAAAAAGCAAAGGCAUGAAUUCUCCAAAGAAAAUUGUCCAGAAACUUCAAAACCUGCUACUGGUCCAAGCGAAGGAAACAUUAUGGAAUUUGUGGAACCUGAUAUGUCUUUAGUACUGGAGUCUAUGGACACUAAUGCAGACAUUGAACAUUUUAAGCCACUGAAAAUGAAGUUUGUGCGAGUCUCAGGAAAUGCAACCAUUGGACACAUAGAAAAGUUUCUCAAAAGAAAAAUGGAGCUUGCUGCAGCUUAUCGGGUAGAUAUCAUGUGUGGUGGUCAGUUGCUAAAGAACUCUCAAAGUCUACAAGAAGUGCAGUGUGCAGUAGGGGAGGCUGGGCUGCAGGACGGUCUACUGGCCCUUUAUUACAGUAUCGUGCUUCCUCCUCUGAACGUGGCUUGCUAA